ACCCAGACUCCUUCCUGAAGUCUGCGCGUCUCCAGCGACUGCCCUCGUCCUCAUCAGAGAUGGGAAGCCAGGACGUGUCCCCUCUCCAGGAGACCAGCAAGGACCCUUUUUCUGGAGACUGCAGCUGCCGGCAGGAUGGGCUGACUGUCAUCAUCACCGCCUGCCUGACCUUCGCCAUGGGGGUCACAGUGGCCCUGAUCAUGCAGAUCUAUUUUGGGGAUCCUCAGAUCUUCCACCACGGUGCCGUGGUCACGGACGCUGCCCACUGCACGGCGCUGGGCAUAGAGGUGCUCAACAAGCAAGGCUCCUCGGUAGACGCAGCCAUCACCUCGGCCCUCUGCGCAGGAAUUGUCAACCCCCACAUGUCGGGGAUCGGCGGGGGUGGGGUGAUGCUGGUCCACGACAUCCGGAAGAACAGGAGCUGGGUGAUUGACUUCCGCGAGGUAGCCCCCCUGGGCAUCCCACUGGAGGGGGACCUGCAGCAUGACUCCAAGCCAGGUCUGCUCGUGGGGGUGCCAGGCAUGAUACAAGGAAUGCACCAGGCACACCAGUUACACGGGAGAAUCCCAUGGUCCGAGCUGCUGGGUCACGUGGCCAGCGUCGCCCAGGAUGGGUUUAACGUCACGCACGAUUUGGCCAAAGCCGUGAGUGAACUGAAGGACUGGAACUACUCUGACAAAUUUCGGGAGAUCUUCCUGCCGGAUGGCCAGCCCUUGCUGCCUGGCAUGUUUGUCAGGCGCCCAGACCUCGCAGCUGUCCUGCAGCUGGUGGGGGCAGAAGGGCUGUCAGCUUUCUACAGCGGAAACUUGACCCAGGAGAUAAUCUCCGAGGUCCACAGCUACGGAGGAGUCUUGGUGGAGGAAGACUUCAGCAAUUACAGUGCCACCGUGGAGAAUCCCGUCCACACAGUCUAUCGCGGUCAUCUUGUUUUCAGCCCCCCACCUCCACAUGCAGGUCCUGCACUGAUCACAGCACUGAACAUCCUUGAGGGCUUUAACAUCACAAGUCAAGUAUCCAGGGGGAAUAUCUUGCACUGGAUGGCAGAG